GCUAGAAAAAGUUUGACUCUAGCGCCAUGAUGUGGCGUUAACCGUAGUUACAGCAGCUGAGCUACUCGGUGUUGUUUGCUCAUACCUCAUACUACUUUUCAAACAUAACCACAAAAUAAAUUCUAUUCGAGUUUUAAUUUGUUCAUCUACGGGUUUUUUUUUUGAUCAUUGAGAUUGUGAGUUUUUCAACGAUCCUUUUAGAAAAGGUCGAGGUGCGGAAUAAUAUGCCUCGACAUUGGGAUCAUUGGCCAUCGAUUAAAAUGGACCAAUUUGAUCCAUGCAAUCCCCAGGUCGUAUAACGUGCGAUUUACUCGACUGGCUCAUUUAUGGAAAAAGAUAGUGGCUCGUUAGAAAAAUAUGCCAAAUUGGGCGAGUCUCGUCAGGUUAUUGCGGCGUCGUUUGGUCCUCGGUAUAAUAUUCGGACUUUCUUUCACGUACUGUGCAAUAUCAUUGUUGUCUCAUGAGAAAUUGGGAAAUUCCUUACGAAGCAUUCAAAUUCACCAAGAUCCGGAUGACAAUAUGUUUGCUGAUAAUCAGGAUUCGCUAAUAGCUGAUUACAAUGACAACGGUGAUGAAGAAAUUUUCAAAAGUUCGGCUAAGGAUAUUGCGUGGCAAAUAGGAAAAAAUGACGACAUUGAGAAUGAAGAUGCUUUUGACAGUGCUCGAACUAAUCAUGAUUCCAAUGAUACUUUUGUCGUUGCUCGCACUUGUCGUAAUUCCAUUCAGGGUAAAGCGCUCAUCGUCGACGAGCGUGGUUUUGUUUGUUCUCGCUCUGAGCUUCUACCGACAGGUUGCUGCAGUCUAACACCACUGAAGAAGGCCAAAGAUGAGGACGUCGAUGAAGCAGCGUCCUCAGGUACAAGGAGAAAAAGAUACAGCUGUGACACAUGCAAUCCUCAGGGCUGCUGUGCAAUUUACGAAUACUGCGUAUCCUGUUGUCUUCAACCCAGCAAGAGACGAGGCAAAAAAAAUAUGGGUGAAAAAGAGCGAACGGAUAAUACAAAAGGCCGUGCUCGGGGUGAAGAUGCCAUCAGGCCAAGGCUACGGAAUCUCGAUCGUUUUCAGAUUUGCCUUGCAACUUGUCGAACAUCGAGCGCAAGUGUGCGACAUGAAAACACAUAUAAAGAUCCAGACUCGAAACACUGUUAUUCUCAAUACCAAAAACAUCGUCGAGACGAAAAUUUGUUGAAAAAUAAUAACGGUGACAACUCCAUUGUUGUCGUUACAUCUUUUUCUACGUUGCGAUUAUUCAUCCGGCAACGACCACAACACCCGAUCCUGGCAACUGUCAUUUAAUUUCUUUUCAGCUUU